AUGGAGGAGACGGUCUUUGCACUCCUGUCAUCUCAUUGUGCCAUGUAUCCAGCGCGGGCGAGACAGAUGCCGCUGUGGUUAUCAGAAUCGCUCGGAGUCGAGUGGGAUAGCAGGAUGUUCUCAUCGCGAUCGGCCGAGCUACCGCCCUCUAGCGUCAAAGCCAAGAUGGAUUUGAGGGUAGAAGGUCCAGUCGCAAGGCCUUGUCUCUCGCGCCGUCGCUCUGUUGCAGGGGGUUUGAGAGUGGAACACUCCACUAAAUUAGAGGCUCAUGAGGGGCACCUGGUACUCAAGGACGGCAUUUGA